AGUACCUAAUGGGCAAUUCAUACCAACCAAAAAGUACUUAGAACAUGAGUUUAAUUUUAGGAAAAAUUUAAGUUACUCUUAGUAGAACGCUUAUAAUGUAAAAGCCAUGUAAAGCUGCUACAUUUUAUAAAUUACUUGAUCCCAAGAAAAUGCGUAAAUCUGAUUACAGAGAAAUGUAUGGAGUAAAAGGCUUCAGACUUCCCUGUUCAGCGCUUAAUACCGGGUCCUGUAUUCUAAUAAUCAGGAAAUACCUAGGCUUAGCGGCCUAUGUUUCUAUCAUAGUUGGAACUGCAUUUUUAGUUUGUUGCGCAUUUUGGCUUCCCGACAUCAAGCUGUGGUGCAAAAUAGGAGACCUUGAACAAAAAGGCCAAAACAUGGACAGCUUUUUAUUGAUGCGGCAGGAGGAGAGGGCUGCGUAUGACCGCCUGAUGAAGUACAUCCUGCACCCUCAGGCUCACUGUCUUACGAUGGAGGUACUCGGCGGAAAAAGAGGACGUAACAAGAAAUUCGAUGGAGACAAAGCCAUAUGCUUGGAACCUGGACCCGGACUCAGUGAAGACUGCAUCGUAUACUCUUUUGGAAUAGCAAACGAGUGGUCGUUCGACGAGAGCAUCCACGAGAUGUUCGGAUGCAAGGUAUUCUCUUUUGAUCCUAGUAUGGGAAUGGAGGAUCAUCGGCAUGGAGACGGAAUCAUGUUCUUCAACAUGGGAAUAGGAGAAUUCGAUGGGAAGAUAACAGUCACCGGUCAAACCUGGAACAUGAGAACUUUCGAUUCCAUUUUAAAACAGCUAGGACAUUGGAAUAGAACCAUCGAUGUCCUGAAACUGGACAUCGAAGGGGCAGAAUAUGUUGUCCUGGAAGACAUCUUAGGAAAAGGCCUCUUAAACCACGUGAACCACCUGUGUAUGGAGAUUCAUCUACCAGACAACCCUUACUGGACCCGAGUCCUUCGCUUGCUCCGCCGGAUUGAAGAGGAAGCCGGACUCCGGCAUUUUAGUACAAGGAACAACACCCAAAUGCCACCGAUGCGAGUGCCCGGAUUCUACGCCCGCUACGAGCAACACUUCUUCGAGAUGGCAUGGUACAGGCACUGAGAUCACCACCUGGCAUUGUUCUCAUACUUACCUAAUCAAGCCAACCAAGAGACCACUUCAUCUCUGCACUUCAUCAAAAUUUAAUUGAAAUGUCCGAGAACAUCUCCCCUUUUCUGAUGCUUAGUUGGUGCUGGACUUAAUUUGCUAUAAGCAAAGGUCAGUGUGUUGGUAGGGAGAUAUGAUUGGAUAGGUUUUAUUUUCUUGAACUGGUUUUUAUUCAAUUAAGGUGAAAGAAAAUGCGUAUGAAUUUUAGAAAACAGCAUCAAAAGAGUAUGUAAUAACGUGCUAGAGUAUUCUCGC